ACUCUGACCCCUGGCGAAAAGCGCCUGGAAGAGCGGUGCUGUAUUUCUGCCUCCUCCGCAGAGACGAGCGAGGUCUCCAUUUAAACGCGGCUGAACGCCGAGGGAUGAGAUUUGACUCCUCGCGUUGGUGAUCCGGCUGCAGAAUAGGGCUUCGCUCGUCUUGACAAAGUACAGCGAUCGUGGAGACGGGAGGGAGAUUAAAAAAAUUGGAGCGCGGAGGAAAAAAUUACGUGGCGCUUAGAGAAUAAUACUGGCACGUAACAGGGCGAUAAGUGCUAACGUUAGCCGCAGCUAGCAAACAUGGCGAGCGCCUCAUACCACAUCUCCAACCUGCUGGAGAAAAUGACGUCCAGCGACAAGGAUUUCAGGUUCAUGGCCACAAAUGACCUCAUGUCCGAGUUGCAGAAGGACUCCAUAAAACUCGACGACGACAGCGAGCGCAAGGUGGUCAAGAUGAUCCUCAAGCUGCUGGAGGACAAGAACGGAGAGGUGCAGAAUCUGGCCGUCAAAUGCUUGGGGCCCCUCGUCAGUAAGGUGAAGGAGUACCAGGUGGAGACCAUAGUGGAUACACUGUGCACGAACAUGCUGUCCGAUAAGGAGCAGCUCAGAGACAUCUCCAGUAUCGGCCUGAAGACCGUCAUCGGGGAACUGCCCCCAGCUUCCAGCGGCUCUGCCCUCGCCGCCAGCGUGUGCAAAAAGAUCACGGGACGCCUCACCAGUGCCAUAGCCAAGCAGGAGGAUGUGUCCGUGCAGCUGGAGGCCCUGGACAUCAUGGCUGACAUGUUGUGCAGACAGGGCGGCCUUCUGGUGAACUUCCACCCCUCCAUCCUGAGCUGCCUGCUUCCCCAGCUGACCAGCCCCCGCCUGGCCGUGAGGAAGCGCACCAUCAUCGCGCUGGGCCACCUGGUGAUGAGCUGCGGCAGCCUGGUGUUCGUGGACCUGAUCGAGCACCUGCUGUCCGAGCUCUCCCGCAACGACACCAUGUCCACCACGCGCACCUACAUCCAGUGCAUCGCCGCCAUCAGCCGGCAGGCCGGCCACAGGAUAGGUGAAUAUUUGGAGAAGAUCAUCCCAUUGGUGGUGAAGUUCUGCAACGUUGACGACGACGAGCUGAGGGAAUACUGCAUCCAGGCCUUUGAAUCGUUCGUCAGAAGAUGUCCGAAGGAAGUGUACCCUCACGUGCCCACCAUCAUCAGCAUCUGUCUGAAGUAUUUGACCUACGACCCUAACUACAACUAUGAUGAUGAAGACGAAGAUGAGAACGCUAUGGAUGCCGAUGGCGCGGACGAGGACUACCAAGGCAGCGAUGACGAGUACAGCGACGACGACGACAUGAGCUGGAAGGUGCGGCGGGCAGCCGCCAAGUGCCUGGCGGCGGUGGUGAGCACGCGGCACGAGAUGCUGCCCGAGUUCUACCGCACGGUGUCGCCGGCGCUCAGCGCGCGCUUCAAGGAGCGUGAGGAGAACGUCAAGGCCGACGUCUUCUACGCCUACCUGUCGCUGCUGAAGCAGACGCGGCCCGCCCAGAGCUGGCUGUGCGACCCCGACGCCAUGGAGCAGGGCGAGACGCCGCUCACCAUGCUGCAGAGUCAGGUGCCUAUGAUUGUAAAAGCCCUGCACAAGCAGAUGAAGGAGAAGAGUGUGAAGACCAGGCAGUGCUGUUUCAACAUGCUGACGGAGCUGGUCAAUGUCCUGCCCGGAGCCCUCACCCAGCACAUCCCCAUGCUCGUCCCGGGAAUCAUAUUCUCUCUCAACGAUAAAUCCAGCUCCUCCAACCUGAAGAUUGACGCCCUGUCCUGCCUCUAUGUGAUCCUGUGCAACCACCAGCCCCAGGUCUUCCACCCCCACGUGCAGGCGCUGGUACCCCCUGUAGUAGCCUGCGUGGGGGACCCCUUCUACAAGAUCACCUCGGAGGCCCUGCUGGUCACGCAGCAGCUGGUCAAGGUCAUCCGGCCGCUUGACCAGACGGACGCCUUCGAUGCCUCACCCUACAUCAAGGACCUCUACGCCUGCACGAUCAAGCGGCUCAAAGCAGCCGACAUCGACCAGGAGGUGAAGGAGCGGGCUAUCUCCUGCAUGGGCCAGAUCAUCUGUAACCUGGGCGACAGCCUGGGCUCUGACUUGCCCAGCACCCUGCAGAUCUUCCUAGAGCGGCUCAAGAACGAGAUCACCCGUCUGACCACGGUGAAGGCCCUCACGCUCAUCGCUGGCUCCCCGCUCAAGAUCGACCUGCGGCCCAUCCUCAGCGAGGCCGUGCCCAUCCUCGCCUCCUUCCUGCGCAAGAACCAACGGGCACUGAAGCUGAGCACGCUGGCGGCGCUGGACAUCCUGGUGAAGAGCUACAGCGACGCCGUGACGCCGGCCAUGAUCGACGCCGUGCUGGCCGAGCUGCCGCCCCUCAUCAGCGAAAGCGACAUGCAUGUCUCCCAGAUGGCCAUCGGUUUCCUCACCACGCUGGCGCGCGUGCACCCUGGCUCCCUGUCGAAGAUCGGCGGCUCCAUCCUGGCCGAGCUCAUCGCCCUGGUGCGGUCUCCCCUCCUGCAGGGCGGCGCUCUCAGUGCCAUGCUGGAGUUCUUCCAGGCCUUGGUGGCUACGGGCACGGCCAGCCUAGGCUACAUGGACCUGCUACGCAUGCUUACGGGCCCCGUGUACGCCCAGAGUGCUGCGCUGGCCCACAAGCAAUCAUAUUACUCCAUCGCCAAGUGUGUCGCGGCGCUGACCCGGGCCUGUCCUGCCGAGGGCCCUGCCGUGGUGGGCCAGUUCAUUCAGGACGUGAAGAACUCGCGGUCCACUGACUCCAUCCGGCUGCUGGCCCUGCUGUCCCUGGGAGAGGUGGGCCACCACGUGGAUCUCAGCGGGCAGCCUGAACUCAAGGCGGUCAUCCUGGACGCCUUCUCCUCCGCCAGCGAGGAGGUGAAGUCAGCAGCCUCCUAUGCACUGGGCAGCAUCAGCGUGGGCAACCUGCCGGAGUACCUGCCCUUCGUGCUGCAGGAGAUCUCGGGGCAGCCCAAGCGACAGUACCUGCUGCUGCACUCGCUGAAGGAGAUCAUCAGCUCGGCGUCGGUGGCCGGCCUACGGCCCUAUGUGGAGAGCGUGUGGACGCUGCUUCUGGCGCACAGCGAGUGCACCGAGGAGGGCACCCGCAACGUGGUGGCCGAGUGCCUGGGCAAGCUCACCUUGAUAGACCCAGAGACACUGCUGCCAAGGCUCAAGGGGUACCUACUCUCAGGGUCAUCUUAUGCACGGAGCUCGGUGGUGACUGCUGUGAAGUUCACCAUUUCUGAUCACCCACAAGCUAUCGAUCCUCUUCUCAAGAACUGCAUAGGUGAUUUCCUGAAAACGCUAGAGGACCCUGACCUCAACGUCCGAAGGGUGGCUCUGGUGACCUUCAACUCGGCAGCUCACAACAAGCCCUCCCUCAUCCGAGACCUCCUAGACACCGUUCUUCCCCACUUGUACAACGAGACCAAAGUUCGCAAGGAGCUCAUCAGAGAGGUGGAAAUGGGACCAUUCAAGCACACUGUGGAUGACGGGCUGGACAUCCGGAAGGCAGCCUUCGAAUGCAUGUACACACUGCUAGACAGCUGCCUCGACAGACUAGAUAUCUUUGAGUUCCUCAACCACGUGGAAGAUGGGCUGAAGGACCAUUAUGAUAUCAAGAUGCUCACAUUCCUGAUGCUGGCCAGACUGUCUACGUUGUGCCCAAGUGCAGUCCUGCAAAGGCUUGACAGGCUGGUAGAGCCACUGAGGGCUACAUGCACCACCAAGGUGAAGGCCAACUCAGUGAAGCAGGAGUUCGAGAAGCAAGACGAGCUGAAGCGGUCAGCCAUGCGGGCAGUGGUGGCGCUGCUCACCAUCCCCGAGGCGGAGAAGAGCCCCCUGAUGAGCGAGUUCCAGUCGCAGAUCAGCUCCAAUCCCGAGCUGGCGGCCAUCUUUGAAAGCAUCCAGAAGGACUCCUCCUCUGCCAACAUGGAGUCCAUGGACACCAGUUAAAAAAAGGAAGAAAAACACAGUAUAAAGAAGAGAAAUUCACCCAUUUCCAUAAUUCAAAGCCUUGGGGACCCUUUUAAUGUUCCAUGCAUUGCACUGAAAUAUCGGUUUAGAAAAGAUGAAAAAAAGCAAAAAUUUAUUCAAGAAAAACAGUGAUAAGCCUUAGAGCUUAAACAAAUGUCCCCCUCCCCCAUAAGAACUGUACGGCUGGCCACUUGUUCACAAUCACCUUUUUUUUGUCUAGUGUUUAUAUUUACGGGAAUCUGCAGCUCUGCGUAGGUACUUCCAUGGUGCAUUCCGAGGUUGAGUAGCUUGCAGUGAGAUGACGACAAGUUUUCUAAGGUUAGCUUUAAGGUGCUGGUGGAAGAAUGAGAGAGAGAGAGAGAGGCGAUCGGGUUUCUGACGUUUCCGUUGUUUCUGGACCACCUCUUUUGUUUUGCAUUUCUUGUGCUGUUUGCUACCUGUUCUUGGCAGGUUUUGUUUUGUACAUUUCGGUAUCACCCCCGACGCUGACGACGGCGGCCUUCUGGUCCGAGUGUCAGCACGAGAGCCGGUGGCGGGAAUGUGAGGGAGGGUCUGCUUUGUAGGAUGUGCCGCAUUAAAGACGUACGGUGUUCUUGGGGAACCACUAUCUGAAUGGUGUUUGUGUGGGCGAGGGGGCAUUUCUCUCCGCUUACAAUGGUGAGGAAACCUAACCGGAAGGAUGGGGACGCCCUCGCUAGGCCGCACGACCCCCUGCAGUGGUGACUAUUAGAACGGCACUCUCCAGAACGGGCUUAGUGUGAGACAGGCCUAGCGCAAGGAGCUCAUUCCGUACAGAGAGUAGAGCUCGUCCGUUAGCCUCACCUCUAUAUUAGUGUUUUUCAGUGUGUCACCUAAACGACACUGGGAACAAGCCCCCAAGUGGUGUUUGUAGCAGGAGAGUGGAUCUUUUUUGUUUAAAUCCUUUUCACGAGUUGAUCAUCAGUUCUAACCAAUUUCCCAAGCGCAAAAAAAACGAAUCACUUAAAUGAUCAGCGUAUAACCCUCUGUUAUAAAAGGCCGCUUUCUCCCCCAUGCGGCUGCCCCCUCAUUUCUAUGGAGACCAGGUUAAGGAAGUCAGCGGUUUAGUCGGUCAUUCCCUCUGUGGUUUAGGACCAGUGCGAAGAACGAGGCUUCAGGGCUCUGAACCUGCUUGUUCUCUGGAAGAACGCCAUACUCCUGUGUUGUGGAGAAGGGUAUGUUGGAACAUACAUCUCUCAUAUCUGGAAAACCAUCCACCAAGAAAGAGUAAUAAAGUGUAUUUCUGCCUGCUUUCAA